AUGGCUUUGAGUGAAACCUGUGAGGGCUCCAGGUAUUUGGGAGCACAGUGGGACCCUUUGUUGUCUCCCACCUGUUUCGGGCCGCUGGUUAAAGUCUACCCUGCAGCUGUCCGCUCGUUAAACCCACCGGUCACAGCUGGAAUGGGCAGUUGUUGUUCUCAGCCCGUCUCCCACGCUGCUGCUGGUGGAGCACUAAACGGGGCACUUGCUCCGGACCCAGAAAAAGCUGCGCACGGCCCUGUGGUUCAGUGUCUGUCUGACACGAGCCCGGAUGGCCUGCGUCUGACCGAGAGGCUGGACGCUGCGUCCGGACGCCGGACUGAGGGGAGGAGGCGCUCCAAUCCCCUCUCCCUCCUCAUUCCGCCGCUGGUUAGAGGCAUUACGGACACUCCGCCGUGCGUGGCGGCUUUAAAUGCGAGCGUGGACGUGGUUCCUGCAGUGGGAAGGUGCAUCCCUCGGUUGCGUUUGGUGGAUGAAGCAGGAGGAGGUUUGGCUGUCAUGGCGACGGCUGUAGCCAGAUUUGGCAUUUUGAGGCGGGUCCAGACCCCCCCCCCCCCCCCGGUCUUUUUGGUCAACCCCCCCUUUGGGGGCUGGGGGGAUUUUGCCUUGAGAGACGCUGGCUACUUCAAACCAGACGGAGUAAAAUUGGCAUCUCUAAUAAUGACUUGCGGAGACAGAGAGCGAAUGACAGCCAACCAUGAGACCUACCUUCUUAUGGCCAGCACCCAGAAUGACAUGGAGGAUUGGGUGAAGACCAUCCGGAGGGUCAUCUGGGCCCCUUUCGGUGGAGGGAUUUUCGGGCAGAAGCUGGAGGAGACGGUGCGGUACGAGCGCAGAUUCGGGAACAAGCUGGCCCCCAUGCUGGUGGAGCAGUGCGUGGACUUCAUCCGGCAGUGGGGCCUCCGGGAGGAGGGCCUGUUCAGGCUCCCGGGACAGGCCAACCUGGUCAAAGAGCUGCAGGACGCCUUCGACUGUGGAGAGAAACCAUCUUUUGACAGUAACACGGACGUGCACACGGUGGCCUCCCUGCUGAAGCUCUACCUCAGAGAGCUGCCAGAGCCCGUCAUCCCGUUCCAAAAGUAUGAAGAAUUCCUGGCCUGCGCCAAGCUCCUCGCCAAAGACGACGAAACGGGCGUGAAGGAGCUCCAGAGGCUGGUGGAAAGUCUACCUCCAGUCAACUACAACCUCCUCAAGUACAUCUGCAGAUGGAUGCAGUUCAAACUGAAAAAAUCUCUAAGAACUUUCCUUCCUUUUUUCCUCUUUUUAAAAAAAAAAAGAUUUCUGGAUGAAGUGCAGUCGUAUUCAGGAGUGAAUAAAAUGAGCGUCCAGAACCUGGCCACGGUGUUUGGGCCCAACAUCCUGAGGCCCAAGAUGGAGGAUCCAGUAACGAUAAUGGAAGGAACCGUCCUGGUCCAGCAGCUCAUGGCCGUUUUGAUCGGCCGCCACGACGUGCUUUUCCCCGGCAACGGCGAGGACGACAGCCCCACGGCGCUGGAGCUCGCCAACAACAACAACACGGCGUCCCAGAACGCCGAGAACAACAACAACCACACGCACCCCCCUCGGCAGUGCGUGUGGGAGGCGCCCGGGUCGCCCGCCGGCCGUCGCCGCGGGCAGCAGCUGGACAACGGCGGCUCGCCGCGGCCGGGGAGCCCCCGGCGGCGCCCGGACGCCGCCCGCAGCCCGCCGCUGACCGUGAAGAAGAACCCGGCCUUCAGCAAGGGCAGCGGCAUCGUCACCAACGGCUCCUUCAGCUCCUCGCCAUCCUCGGAUUCGGCCCUGGAGAAAAGCCUGACCGUUGUCGGGGGCGCGCCCGUGCGGCGUGGCGGCGGCCUCAAAGGCACCAAGAUGGGCACGGGGGGCGUGGCGGGCGGGGGGGGCGGGGCCAGCCCCCCCGGGAAUGGCGUGGUCGUCCCCGGGAGCCCCGGCGGGCGCCCGGCGCCGUGGGUCCAGAACGGCUGCGUCCUGCUCCGGGAGGCCGGCCGGCCGCGGGACGGCGGCGCCCAGACGGCCAAUCAGAACCGGCUGUCCACCUACGACAACGUCCAGCUGAACCAGCAGAACCUGGUCCGGACGGCGAGCGCGUGCCUGAACGGCGGCGGCGGCGGCGGUUCGGAGGACAAGCAGAGCGUGGACAGCGCCACCUGGUCCACCUCCUCCUGCGAGAUCUCGCUGCCGGACAACUCCACCUCCUGCCGCUCCUCCACCACCACCUGCCCCGAGCAGGACUUCUACGGGGGGCCCUACGAGGACCUGGACGGGCCGGAGGGGGGCGGGCAGGAGAUGCACAAGCAGAAGAUCGAGUACGAGGCCAGGAUCAAAAGCCUGGAGCAGCGGAACCUGGAGCUGGAGACGGAGAUGGUGAGCCUCCACGAGGAGCUGGACCAGGAGAGGAAGAAGUACACCAUGGCCGAGAUCAAGCUGCGCAACGCCGAGCGGGCCAAGGACGACGCCGAGCGCCGCAACCAGAUGCUGCAGAAGGAGAUGGAGCAGUUCUUCUCCACCUUCAGCGACCUCACCGCCGCCGGCGGGGCUCCGGCCGCUGACCCCCGCCGACCGGACCGCAACAACCCCAUCUGGAUCCAGUGA